AGGUUCGUCGCGGUGACGCCAUUCGCCAGCGACCGCACCGGCGUGGGGCUCCGUGGAGUGGUCCCUCUCCGGCGUGACUUUCCAGAGCGUCUCCUCCUGGUCCGCGGCCUCUGACCUCAGGGCUACAAGGAGAGCGGCGAGAUGACGGACCGCUACACCAUCCACAGCCAGCUGGAGCACCUGCAGUCCAAGUACAUCGGCACGGGCCACGCCGACACCACCAAGUGGGAAUGGCUGGUGAACCAGCACCGCGACUCCUACUGCUCCUACAUGGGCCACUUCGACCUUCUCAACUACUUCGCCAUCGCGGAGAACGAGAGCAAAGCUCGAGUCCGCUUCAACUUGAUGGAGAAGAUGCUGCAACCUUGCGGGCCGCCAGCCGACAAGCCCGAGGAGAACUGAGGUCCCGCCGUGGGAGCGCUGUGCGGGAGAGCGCCUAUCCCUCCAGUUUGCCGUCUUCCCCGCGUGUCCCCGACCCGAGUGGACCGAUUCUCUGUGGCUCUGGCUUCUCGUGCUUUCCCUGUGCAGAAGGGCUGGCUCCGGGUUUCUCGCCUGACCUGUCUUCAUGUGGACCCUCGGAACACAGCGCUGGGGAGACGGCCAGGACCCCUGAGAACUGUGACCGUGGCGAAGCGGGCUUUAGGGGAGAUGGCACUGGAGUGAGACGGAAUAUGGAGGCCCGUUUUUGGCUAGUUGAUUGUCGUUGUUGAUUUUUCCAUAAAGUUUAGAAAUUUUCAGUG